AUGGCUGGAAGAAUAUUGUUUAUGAGAGGGUUGAGGACAUCAUCGACCCCAACGUUUUCAGCAGCCCGCAAUACAUCCAUCCCAUCCUUCCUCAGUGCAGCAACAGCCAGCUAUCUGCCCAAAAAUGCAGCACCACCCCCAAUACAGAUGCGAGCAAGCUCCUUCACCAACAAAACAGCCAGCCAGUCUUACAGAUCAUCCGUAUCCUCCGCAUCAUCGCCACGAUGCUCGCUCUCAUCACCACCAGGCUCCUUCAUGAGAGGCAUCUCGUCCACAUCAACCCACAACACAACCAACGCUGCCAAAGCAAUCUCUAGCAGAGGUGUCGGUGGAUCCAAUACAAAGUCUGUAUCAUCCAGUUCCGGAAAAGCGACAGGCGAAAGCGUUACUGGAACUGCUGCAUCUGGAAUGGAUGAUGGAAAAGGUCGUGAAGAUGGUCAAGACAUGAACUUUAUUGAUAGAGGUGGGGGUCUGGAUCCGGGUGGCGGUAAUUAUAGCAACACCAAACAGGCCGGUAAUAAUAGUGCUGGUUAUAGUAGUAGUAGUAGUGGCAGUAGUAGUAGUAGCAACAGUAGUAGUAAGCAGGCUGAACAAGAAGAACAGGCUCAAGCUGCUCAAGCAUAUGGACUAGGCCUCCUAGACGCAGCUGUUAGAGCAUCCGCAUCCAAGAGUACUGGUGCUUCAAGAUCAUCAUCUGGAGGGCCACCAUCAUCAUCAUCAUCAGGCAAUUCACCACCAAACAAGGACGAUGACUUGGAAUACGAUGAAAGACCAGAACCUGCUCGAGAUCCGCUUCUAGAAGAAGAAGAACGAAAAAGAACUAAACAGGCAUCGCUCUUCCUGCUGGUUUGCUCGGGACUCGCUGCUCUAGGUACUUUUGUCAUUCUUGGAAUGCCUAGUCCAGAUGAUAAACCUGUUGCUGGUGAAAGUAUGCUUGGAGGCUACCAUAGGAGAGCUAAAGGUGCCGUGCGCGGAUGGUAUCUGAGCUUCAGUGAUCCUAUAAGUGAUAAGCUGCUACCCGAUCCACUACCAGAACCUUAUCAGCGCCCAUACACUAUGGUUAUUGCAUUGAAUGAUGCGCUUAUACACUCAACGUGGGAUAAGGACAAUGGAUGGAGAGCGGGCAAGAGACCCCAUGUAGAUUGGUUCUUGUCAUACAUGUCUCAGUUCUAUGAAAUAGUCGUGUUUACCUCUGGAAUGCCACAUGUGGCACAUCCAAUAAUAGAGAAACUGGAUCCAUAUCGAUUCAUCAUGUAUCGACUGUAUCGAGACUCGACUCGAUUCAUAGACAAUAAGUUUGUCAAGGACUUGUCUGUGCUGAAUCGAGAUUUGGGCAAGACCAUUAUCAUUGAUAUCAAUCCAGAUAGUUAUUCUCUGCAACCGGAUAAUGCCAUACCGAUAAAGAAGUGGACGGGUGAAGCUGAUGAUAUGGAGCUGUUACGGCUGAUUCCCUUCCUUGAAGCUCUAGCAAUGUCGGGCGCUCCAGAUGUCCGUCCCGUCCUCCGUUCCUACCAAGGAAAAGAUAUACCAGCAGCCUGGGCAUCAUACCAAGCCCGUCUUCGAGAAGAAUUCGAACAAAAACGUAAAGCUACUGCUGCUGCCAACCGUACAACGAUCGGUAGUAUCUUGUCUUCACUUUUUGGAGGUGGAACUCGAGUAGCACCAUCAUCAUUAGACGCCAAUCCAGUCGAUAUCCUUCAACAACAAGCUCGUGAGAUGAGAGAACAAUUUUGGAGAGAGCAGGAAGGCAUGAAGGAACAAAUGGAGGCUCAACGUAAAAUAGAAGAAAAGGAGAUGGAGAGACAGUUAGAAGCUAUGAAGGCGAAGAAGCUUUCACUAUGGGAAUUCAUGGCUACCACUCAGCAACCACCUCAACAACACCCCACACCAAACAGUCACAGUUAA